CAUUAGGUGUUUAUUGAUGUGUAACAUCUUGGCUCUGUAUAAAAUGUUACAUUCCAGGUUGUCCCGGCAACACAACCCAGAACAAUAACAAAUACAUUUUGAACACUUUAAAGUUUUCUUUAUAUUGAAUGAUUUUCAUGUUCGUUUUUCAAGUAAUAUUUCAUAACUACAUUUCCUACGAGCUGCCGACGAUGCAGCUGCACGUUGGAUGAUCGGACGACAACUGACUCGCACCAUGCAGUUACCUUAUUUUACAAGUGAGGCUACCCCGUGGGCCAACUAACCAAUCACAACACAGAAUUCAGUACCUGACCAUAUAGGGAAAGUACAGAAAAAAUGGUUCUCUCUAAAAGUCUGGAAAGACACAUCACACCAUCUCAAGGCUUGCUCUGAUUGGCUGGCGAGACUGCGCCCAGCAAAAGUUCCACUUUAUUGCUGUGCACUCAUACGUCCAUGUGCUGGGUAUUCCAAAAAUUCUGAACGAAACUAAUCACAGAGCUGGCAUGCCGUUUUACCACCCUCCGAUCUGAAAACUGUCAACUUUUAACGCCCUCGCAGGGUUUUGAUUAUUAUGGCCACAUAUUUGUUCUUUUGGGUAUGCUGUCAGUUCUAAUCUUAUUUUUAUCGAUCUGCGGGACUCUUUUCUCAGUAAAAUACUUUAGCUGAUAACGUGGGUGUAAUGGUUCGGAAUUACUGUGUUAAAUCCCACUUUACUACAUUAGUCUUCUAAAAAUUUACGUGACCAGAAGAAGAAAAAAGGCCACUAGGCAACUUACUGAAGCGUAAAAUGUACCGUUCCCGCAGAAAACUCUUGGAGAAAUACACGCAUGGAAAGAAAACAUUUUUGUGCGGUGGCAACACUAUGCUGGUUGGAUCAGCAUCUUUGGGCAGCAAGGCAGUUGAGCUUUAGACAGUGUCAGCGUUUCUCACGUUUCUCACUGCCUCACUUAGAUAACUCAUUAGGAAACUAGACUCCACAUUCAAUUGGUAGUGUGUGUUCAGGAUUGCCUUGGACACCUCCAGCAAUAAGUAGUAAGGAUCUCAUUGAUCAUAUGCAUUUCUGAUGUGUAUGGCAAUAUAUAGAUUUUUACAAAAAAUAAUUUUCAUAUGUAUUAGAACAAUGAUUGUAUCACCCAAUUUUUUUUAGUGGAUUUUGCUCAGUUUUUACAAGUGUACGUUCAAUCAGUUUGAAAAGUUACUUUAUGCAAACAAAUGAUUUACUGUAGUUACCCAAAAAAUAAUGUGACCCUGAAUAUGUGUCUCUCGAAACUUUUGGAUUACGACUUUAUGGAAAAGACUUUUCUGAGUGUUAAAAGCAAUUUAAAUACAUAGCAAUAAAAAAUUAUUUAAAUUAGUAAAUUUAUUUAAUAUUUAAUAGACCUUUUCUAAUGCCACUUUCGUCAGUAGAGUGGUUUUCACGGCCUCUUUGUAAACACCAAGCUGCAGUUAUAAAAUGAAAAGGCAUUGUUUGAUUGUAUUCAGAAGCUAUCGUUGGAAAGCACAGAAUGUGGUGAUGCAGGUUGGUCGUCUGAGGGGCUGUGUAGGAGGAGAGAGGCCCUUCCCUAGAAGCCACAGGGAAGAAAAGCAAAAAGAGCCCAGUGACAAACUCCAUUCGCAGCCUCUCCCUCAUCCAGCUUUUCUCAUCUGUCAGCAGUGCAGAGGUUCAGGAAGGCCCGGACUAAAGUGGCGUAAGGGACGUAGUUUACAGGCAAAGCGUGUAGUUUUCCAACAAAGCUGUUCCCAGUGGCAUAAUGCGACUCCUCUUUAGUUUCAGCAGUUUUGGUGAAGAUUAUUUUUAGUAAAUAAGACUGUUUCGUGCUAAAGCACACCGCCCGGGGCUGACAGCAGACGCAGCUCAGAGGGAGAAAGUGUGGGUAGGUGGUUGGGUUGUGACUCCUGUCUGCCGACACUGAGGCCUGGCAGUGAAAGUGUGCGUCCUGCCACCCGCGUGGUGCCUGCCCCCGGGCCUCGCCUCCGCGCUGUCCCCAGGGCUGUCCGCCAGUUCCCUGUCAGCGGCGACCGAGUUCAGAUCAGCACGACCCUGUAGCGAAGACAGCGGAGGCCAGGCCACAGCAGGCAACACGACCAUGAGUUUCCCCUACGAGGUGCGCGCGGUGGAGGAGGGACUGGGGCGUCGCCUGCUGCGGGACUUCUCCGGGGAGCGCACGGGGUUCGUGCAGGUGGGGCCGGCCCGGUGGCUCCUGCCCAGCAAGUACGAGCGCCAGGCGGCCGGCUACCGCGCCCUGCCCCUGCGUCCCGACGACGUGUGGGUCGUCACCUUCCCUCGCUCGGGGACUACCUGCACUCAGGAGCUGGCGUGGCUGGUGGACCACGACCUGGACUUCGACACGGCCAGGAGAGUCCCCCUCGGGGAACGGUGCCCCUUCUUGGAGUUCAGCUGCUUGCUGGACAGGGAGGUGAAGAGGGAGGUGCUGGCCCAGAACACGGACGACGCACGGGCGUGCGCGGCGCUGCUGGACGAGUGGGACACGCCCGGCUACAAGCUGGCCGCGCUCCGGGACUCCCCGCGCCACUUCAAGACCCACCUGCCCCUCAGCCUGCUACCCCCCGCGCUGCUCGACACCUGCAAGGUGCUGUACGUGGCUCGCAACCCCAAAGACGUGGCAGUGUCCUACUACCACCACAACAGGCUGCUGACCGUGCAGGGCUACCAGGGAGACUUCCCCGCCUACUGGGAGUACUUCCAGCAAGACCUCCUGAUUGGCUGUCCGUACUGGACUCACUUGGCCGAGGCGUGGGAGAACAGAAACCAUCCCAACAUGUUGUUCCUCUUUUACGAAGACAUCAGUAAGGACAUGGAAGGCAGCAUCGCGAAGGUGUCCGACUUCCUGGGCAAGCGACUCAGCCCACGGCUGGUGGCACAGCUGGCAAACCACCUCCACAUCGACAACUUCCGCAACAACCCGUCUGUGACAGCCGUCUUCGAGAUCCGUGGCCUGGUCAGGCAGGGGGAGCAAGGAUUCAUACGUAACGGCAAAGUGGGCGGUAAUGAUGGCUACUUCACGCCAGAGCUGAAUGCACGAGCCAAUCGGUGGAUACGCAAGAACAUGCUGGAGACUGGCAUUCAGUUCCCACACGUGACACUAUAAGACUGAGCACAUUUAAUGUAACAUGUAGCGCAAAUAUUUGUGAUAAAGUCAAUGUAAUUCAAACUGUGUAUGUGUUUAUACACGCAACCCAUGCUGUUAAUUGGCCUCCAGUAGGCCUAGACAAAAUGUACACUAAGUAUAGUUUUUUUUUCCAUCUAGUAUAUCAUUGUGGUUUUAUGUUAAUUACACUGGUGACAUCAUACACCUCCAAUGAUGUCACCAUUGGAGGGAUUUG